CUUACAUAUUCGCAUGUCAAAUUAGACUGAUAGCCUAAAAACUGACUCGCUCUAAUCCACAAAUUACUGAAAGACUAUACGCCAAUGAAGCAAUAAUUCAGAAAUAGAUGUGUGGCGCCCUCUGCUGACUGUAGCAGUGAACACCGCAGCUCCACAUAUCUGUCACAUUUAGUUGUGGACCCUUUGAAGUCGUGUUCAUUGCGUAAAUAUGGGUGGGUCCAAGAGUACACUGGAAAGUUUGCACCUAAGCUCUGAACUGCUUUGAUUUGCGAUAGAUACUGGCAUCCAUAUACCGGAUAGGCAAGAGCGCAUCCAUCUAGCCUGAUAGCUCCUCUCAUGUUCCUCCUCCCACAGAUUUCUGCUCUUUUCGUUAUCUUCCAUCAAUAGUUAUAUUGCAGUUGACAUUCGCCACUGUGUCGAAUCCCAUAGAAUCACACGUCUUGGGGAGAGGGGGGAGUUUCAGUAAAUCAGCAAUUUCUGCAAAGUACUUUAAAGGGAUAGUUCACCCCAAAAUGAAACUAUAAUUUACUCACCCUCGUGUCUUUGCAAACUAUUUGACUUUAUUUCGUGGACCGCAAGAGAAGAUGUUAACAUCUCCUUUUGUGCUCGUCAUAAUGGUUUUGAAUAACAUAAGGGUGAGUAAAUGAUGACAGGAUUUUCAUUUAUGGGUAAACCAUCCAUUGUUAAGGCCUCAUUGCUUCCAGAUAGCCGUUCAAAAGUCAUCAAGAAUAACCUCACAUGUUUUGUUGUUGUGUUUGGCCCCUUUCGUUCACAUCCAAAGGAGACUUUCCAUUGCUUUGUGUAUACACUGUUCUCAGAACACAGCUCCUGUUGUGUUCACACUGUCAGUCUUUUGAUGAGCACGGGAAGGGGGAGUAAAGUCCAAGACGAAGGGCAGAUUAUUAACCUGACUAAUGUGGUCUGUCUCUUUCUCUCAUAAAACCAGCGCUUUGUGUCCAGCCAGGUCUCGCGUCUCACGUGGUCUCUGGGAGACAGCAGCACGGGCCCUUCAGAGCCUCGCACAUCCUCCAAGGACCAAUGAAUCACUCAGAAACGGAAGAGGAGCUUAAGCUCCCACCUUUAGAUGAGGUUUUGCAGGCAGAGGUACAGGAGAUGCCUGCUGACACGGAAAAGAAGCCUGAAGAGCCCCAGAAUCAGGUGCCAGGAUUUGAUAUGAUCUACAGAAUCGAGGAUGUCCCGCCUUGGUAUCUGUGUGUGCUGCUGGGACUGCAGCACUAUCUGACAUGCUUCAGUGGAACUAUUGCUGUGCCAUUCCUGUUGGCUGACGCCAUGUGUGUGGGGAGGGACCAGUACACUGUCAGCCAAUUAGUGGGCACCAUCUUCACUUGUGUGGGCAUAACUACCCUCAUACAAACCACAUUUGGUGUCAGGUUGCCUCUGUUCCAGGCGAGUGCCUUUGCCUUUCUCGUCCCUGCUCAGGCAAUUCUAAGGCUUGACAGAUGGAAGUGUCCUUCUGAAGAGGAGAUUUACGGAGAUUGGAGUGUUCCUCUCAACACUUCGCAUGUUUGGCAUCCACGAAUAAGAGAGAUUCAGGGUGCUAUCAUUGUAUCCAGCCUGAUUGAGGUGGUCAUAGGGCUGACUGGAAUCCCGGGGAUCCUGCUCAACUCAAUUGGGCCCCUAACUGUCACCCCCACCGUGUCCCUUAUCGGACUGUCUGUCUUCCAGACAGCGGGAGACCGCGCAGGCAGCCAUUGGGGCCUCUCUUUACUAUGCAUCUUCCUCAUUGUUUUGUUUGCUCAGUAUCUGAGGAACUGGGCCUGUCCUUUCCCAGUCUACACCAGAAAGAAAGGCUUUCACGUCACACGUGUGCAUAUCUUCAAGAUGUUUCCGAUCAUCAUGGCAAUCAUGGUGGUAUGGCUGGUUUGCUAUAUUCUCACACUGACUGACGUGCUGCCUGAUGAUCCAAAUCGGUACGGCUAUAAAGCUCGCACUGACUCGCGGGGCGAUAUUAUGACCCAGGCACCAUGGUUUCGUUUCCCCUAUCCAUGUCAGUGGGGAUUACCCACAGUGACAGUAGCAGGAGUGCUAGGCAUGUUCAGCGCCACUCUAGCUGGUAUUGUUGAGUCUAUUGGAGAUUAUUACGCCUGUGCUCGCCUCUCUGGGGCUCCACCUCCACCUGUACAUGCUAUUAAUAGAGGGAUCUUUACAGAAGGUGUGUGCUGUAUCAUAGCAGGGUUGCUGGGCACAGGAAAUGGCUCAACCUCUUCCAGUCCUAACAUAGGGGUGCUUGGCAUUACAAAGGUAGGAAGCAGGAGGGUGAUACAGUACGGGGCAGGAAUAAUGUUUUUGUUGGGAACCAUUGGGAAGUUUACUGCCCUCUUUGCCUCCUUGCCUGAUCCUGUCCUUGGAGGGAUGUUCUGCACUUUGUUUGGUAUGAUUACAGCUGUUGGGUUGUCAAACCUACAGAGUGUAGACCUAAACUCCUCCAGAAAUCUUUUUGUGCUGGGUUUCUCCAUGUUUUCUGGCCUGAUGUUGCCUAAUUAUCUUGACUCUCAUCCGGGUAGCAUCAAAACAGGUGUGGCUGAGCUAGAUCAAAUCAUCACAGUGCUCUUGACAACAGAGAUGUUUGUAGGGGGAUUCAUAGCGUUUGUACUGGAUAACACAAUCCCAGGCUCCAGAAAAGAGCGAGGUCUGAUUGAAUGGACAGAUGGGAGUUCUUCUGGAGCAGACACGGUGACAGCAGAAACAUAUGACUUUCCAGUGGGGAUGGGACUGGUUCGGAAGGUGGGCUGCCUGCGCUACAUGCCCAUUUGUCCCACUUUCCAGGGCUUUUGGUCAUCACGCCACAAGUAUAAGGAGGAGGAAGACGAUAUGACAAGAAAGGAAGGUGUGGGGACAGAUGCUCCAGUUGAAAUGGCCUGCACUAAAGUGUAGCGAUAUGCCUUUAUUUGACAGUGUUUAAUAUAGCAUACUUUAUGUACAGCUGCAUACAUUUAUUUUGAUAUUUUUCUUCAGUAUUGCAGUUAAAGCACAAGAUAAUAAAAUACUUCAUUAAAAUAUGGAUGCAUACAUUUUAACUAUAACUUUGAUGGACAGUUUGAGGACACAAGGUGUCUGUUCCUUUAACACAACCAAAUUUGAAAUUUGUUUUGAUAAUAAAGCACUGGGUGUUUUGUUGAAAUGUCUUCAAAAGAAAAUGAAGAUCAGGUUUUUCUCAUUUAUUACCUCUUGAUUGUGUUCAAAAUGUGAACACCAAAGUGAUUAACACUAAACAAAAUGUGUUCAGAAAUGUUUUCCAUCAGAAGAUGCUGACAAAUAUCGUGUUUAAAAUUUAAUGUGUGUGUGUAAUAUAUAUAUAUAUAUAUAUUGUAACUGAUAAUAUUUAUAUAUACACCUAAAGUGUUCUAUGUACUGUAUGAAAUAAGAGCAUCACAGAUUAAAAAAAACAUUUGCUUAAGUUAUUUUGUAUUAAAACACAAUUUCAACCCUCUUA